AUGAAUAAAGAGCUUACUGCCUUGGAACAUAAUGGGACUUGGGAGCUUACGUCCUUACCACCUCAUAAAAAAGCCAUUGAAUCCAGAUGGAUUUACAAGGUUAAAUACAAUUCUAAUGGUACAUUUAAGUGGUACAAAGCUCGCUUAGUAGCUAAAGGAUAUAACCAAUUGCCGAGGUUGGAUUAUACUGCCAAUUUUUCUCCAGUAGCCAAAACUGGUACCAUUCGACUUUUUCUUGCUCUUGCAUCUGCUAAAGAAUGGGCUAUUCACCAACUUGACAUAAACAAUGCCAAUCUCCAUGGUUUCAUCGAUGAAGAGUUGUAUAUGAAACCCCCUGAGGGGUAUGAUAAGGCACAACCUGGACAAUUUCUUGCACUCUUGGUUUACGUUGAUGAUGUAUUAGUUACUGGAGUAGAUGAGAACAAUAUUAUUGAUGUCAAACGCUAUUUGCACACAUCAUUUACUAUCAAAGACAUGGGACACGCUCAUUAUUUUCUUGGGGUUGAAAUUGCUCGUUCUAGUGAUGGGUUAUUUCUUUCUCAGCGCAAAUACAUCUUGGACAUUCUCCAUGAUGCUGGAAUGCUUAAUGCCAAGAUUAAAGAAUUUCCCAUGUCCAAGUCUCUCAAGCUAGAUGACACUGGACCAUUAAUUGCUGAUCCAGAAAAGUAUAGACGUAUUGUGGGACGUUUAUUGUAUCUCAAUUUAACACGUCCUGAUAUUUCUUUUAGUGUGCAACAUUUGAGUCAAUUUUUGCAUCAACCUCGUCAACAACACUGGGAUGCUCUCAUGGCCUUGCUUCGAUAUUUGAAAGGUACACCUGCUAAGGGGUUGUUCUUCCCUUCUAAAACAGAGCUUCAAUUACGUGCUUAUUGUGAUGCUGACUGGGCUACCUGUUCUAUGACAAGGAAAUCUGUUACGGGGUAUUGCAUUUUUUUUGGUUCUUCUCUCAUUUCAUGGAAGACAAAGAAGCAAGCUACGGUUAGCAAAUCUUCGGCAGAAGCCGAAUAUCGCAGCAUGGCAACUACAGUUUGUGAAUUGCAAUGGCUUUCCUACUUAUUAAGAGAUUUACAAAUUUCCCUUCAUUUACCAAUUCCUCUCAUGUGUGACAAUAAAGCAGCAGUUCACAUUUCUGAAAAUCCGGUAUUUCACGAACGUACCAAGCACAUCGAUAUCGAUUGCCACAUUGUUCGACAACAGGUCCUCAACAAGUUUAUUUCCACUUCACAUAUUGGUGCGAAAACCCAACUAGCAGAUUUAUUCACCAAAUGCCUCAAUUCAUCUCUUUUCCAUCAGUUCCUGUCCAAGAUGGGAUUGGUUUCCCUAUCUCCAUCUUGA